AGUUCGACCGAGAAGGCAAAUGGAGUUAGAAAUCCAGAGGAACCGUCAAAUCCGGAUAUCUACUGCCUCGUAAACCAAUUGAUCGCCUAUCUGCUUGAUUCCAGCGAGUCCAACCACCGUAUCUACGAUCUACUCGCUCGCUUUGCCUCGCUACAGCUCAGUAGUCAUGAGUUCACUUGUCUCAAGUUCCUCGCCAUCUUUAAUCCCCACAAGCAUGCCAAGGAAAAAGUGCUGCGUGCAGUUGGAACGCGCACUCUGGUCCAACGAGUCCCACGUACCUUGCACGUUUACACUGGCGCUAGAAGUGCGGAUUCACCUGAGGACCACGAAGUGGCUGUGGUUGGUUUCCAAAAGCUUUACCUUCACCAGUAUCGAUGCACCAUAACUGUCAAUCACACUCAGCCAAACUUCACCUUUAGUGCAGGCAUCCUACCUGAAUGA